CCCGCCGCGCCCUGCCCCCUGCCUCUGCCCCGCCGCCGCCACCCGCCGCCCCCGCCGCCGCCCCCGCCGCCGCCGCCCCAUCGCACCACCAACUUUUUCAUCGACAACAUCCUGAGGCCGGACUUCGGCUGCAAGAAGGAGCCGCCCGCGCCGGCCGGCGGCGGAGGAGGAGGCAGCCGGGAGCGGGACGGAGACCGGGGGCAGAGCUCAGGUAGAGAAAACGUCAACCCGCUGCUGGCCCGGCCGCCCAACCCGCCCGCCCUCCUCUGCCCGGACUCGAACUGCCGUCCCGACGGCUCCGCGCCGCCGCCGCCCGCCGCCGCCGCCUCCAAAGCCAGUCCCGCCGCGGCGGCAGCGGCGGCGGCGGCGUCGGGGGCGGCCAAGCCCCCCGCCGACGGGGGCGAGACUCACCCGGCGAAGUACGGGGAGCACGGCAGCCCCGCCAUCCUCCUCAUGGGCUCUAAUAAUGGAGGACCUGUUAUAAAGCCCGACUCGCAACAGCCGCUGGUGUGGCCUGCCUGGGUCUACUGCACUAGGUAUUCAGACAGACCGUCCUCGGGCCCCCGCACCAGGAAGCUGAAGAAGAAGAAGACAGAGAAAGAGGACAAGCGGCCGCGGACGGCGUUCACGGCCGAGCAGCUGCAGCGGCUGAAGGCGGAGUUCCAGGCGAACCGGUACAUCACGGAGCAGCGGCGGCAAAGCCUGGCCCAGGAGCUCAGCCUCAACGAGUCCCAGAUCAAGAUCUGGUUCCAGAACAAACGGGCCAAGAUCAAGAAGGCGACGGGCAUCAAGAACGGGCUGGCGCUGCAUCUCAUGGCCCAGGGACUCUACAACCACUCCACCACCACGGUGCAGGACAAAGAGGAGAGCGAGUGAGGCGGGCGGCCCCAGCCCAUCCCUGCGCCGCGGCGCUGGCCCGCCGGCCGGGAGGCGGACAGGUGCGAUUUAAAAGCAGAUCUAUUGUCUAUCCAUAGUAUAAGGACUCCAAUUAAGAAAAAAAAUAAAAUAUGAACACUUUAAAAAAUUAUCUCUAUAUAGCCAAACAGCAUAUGACCUUGUAUAUAUUUAAUUUCAGGUAAGAAAUACGUGUAGCGAUCUCUAUUUGCUGGACAGUUUCUCUCUUCCCUUCUCUCUCUUUCUCCUUUCUUUUGUUCGUUUGUUCGUUUUCUUUGCUUUCCUUGUUUUCUUUUUUUUGCCCCCCCAUGUCCGUUGCUCUUGUUUUACAGUAAAUGUUGGACUUUUCUCAUCUUUCGUUUGAUCUUAUUUUAUUUUUGUGUGUGUGUGUGAAUUUCUGUCUCUCUUUUUUUUUUUCCCGAGGAAAAAAAUAAUUCUGAUCCACAGACUGCGAGACUGAACCCGCCGCUACAAGCCAAAGAUUUUAUUAUGUUCAGAAAUCUGUAGUCUGAAAUAAAGUGUAGACUGUGUUCAGGA